CGGAAAUAUUCAACGGUAAGUUAUAAGCCACAACCGGCCAACAACAUGGGCAUGCAAGCCCCAAAAAUAGUUUAUAGUAAUUCAAAUAUCCAUGAGCAAGUGUUUGGUAGUUUGAAAGAAAACAUGUUACAAUUUCUUGUUGGUUCUAAGCUAGCAUUUGAGAUAUCACUGGCAGAUGUCUCACAAACUCAGCUACAGGGAAAAACUGAUGUCAUGUUAGAGUUUCAUGUUGAUGAUACAACUGGAGCAAGUGAGAAAGAUUCAUUGAUGGAGAUAAGUUUUCACGUACCCAAUUCAAAUACCCACUUUAUGGUAUAAAUAUUUGCACAUUUUUUAAAACCGUCUCUUGUUUUUAAAGUUCAUCUAAUCCAUCCAUUUUCAAGUGUUCAAAGGCCAAGAUUUGUUCCCACUUUUCAUGGGAAGACUACUAUUUACUUGAACCAACCCCUAUAUAUAUAUA